CCUGAGUUCGACUACUGAACAUAGAAAUGCAUUCCGUAUGUUGUACUUGACAGUGAAUCAAGAAGUACCAACCUCGAACUCGAGAGAACCAAAAAUGCCAAAGAACACAGCAAUCGGAGGUCCCAUGGAGGAUUCUGGUGUCGUUUUCCAAGUUGGGACGAAGCUUCUGUCUUCUGGAGGAACAGGAGUUCGCUAUCCGGGUGCAACUUCUAUUCCUGCCAGGUCCCACUUUUUAACCGUAUUUUCACCCGUUGACGCCGCCCUAACUGUGUCUUCAUUCCAAUGUUAUAAUGGAGGCUGGCCGCCUUAUUGGACCUCGUUGCCUACUGUCAAGCCGCAAAACUGUCCCAUAUCGGAUCCAGCUUGGCCUUCUACUACUGACGACACUUAUUUCCCCAGCAACUCCCUUCGUUUCACAGUUGAAACUUGCCGGAAUACAUGGGCCCGUAGGCCGAUCCGACCAAGUGUUCCCUUCAAAGGGACAAGCGACAUGGCUAUGAUGUGUAUGCUGUACCGCCUCGCUCCCAAUACAGAGCAAGGAGGUGGUGAAAUCGGCAAGGGGCGGGUAAUUCUGUUCGCAGCAUCUUCUCCGAAUUUUGGGUAG